ACGUUAAACCCAAUUUCACCUCAACUCACCUCAAUCUCUGUACACAACCGUACUGAUUAAUUUAAGAUAUUUACAUAACUUUCUUAUGACACAACAAAACCGACUGUAAUCUCAUGUCAAGGGACUUACAAAUCAGCUCACACCCACUUUGGUCGUUCAUGUCAGUGUCUAACUGUAAACAGCAGCUUUCUUUGAUCGGCCAUGUCAACACAUUUAUAGCCAUCGUGUCAAUACCUAAUCUAACUACCUCAUAUACCCGGGGUAGGUCAACAGAGUCUUUAUAGAGGGUAGGCAGGUGAAACGUAUCAGUUAGGUCACAGCUCUCACCCCUAACUCGGGUCAAACAACAGACGGAUUUAUCACUUGAAACAAGUACGCUGUUGUGUAUACGUCCGUUCUGUUUACGUCUGAACAUCGUGACGUCAGUGUUCAUAUGAAGCUCAUGUCCGUCUCGAUGACUUUCUUCUAACAUGGCCAUUAUCUUCCUCCUCUGACGUCUUGGGUGCCAUUGUACAAAGCAAUAUUAGGGCUAAGGUGAUCCUUACAUAAACCUACAGCUGUCGUAGCGCCAAUCUUUGCUGUGUACAACGGUCGUGAAGGUUUGUGUGUAAAUGUCCUCCAAGCGCCGGAUAGUCCUUCUCACAGUUCUGCUGCCUUAUUUUCUACAAGACUGUGACGCUAGUGAGAUAUGUAUGAAGCACAACCCGCCUUGGGGCGCCACCUACCUGCGAUGCGACCAUGGAUGUUGCGGUACCAUGAACGAUAGACACUGCUGUGUAGACAGUAAGACGCUGACAGUGGUGUUGAGUCUCCUCGGUGGCGGAGUGGGGAUCGCCAUUAUUGUUGCUAUUAUCUGGUCUGUCAAUAAAUCCAAAGAAAGGUCCAGAGUCGAACCCGAAAAUGUCCCCGUCAUGACUCAAACAGAUACAGUAUGAAUGGCGACCCUAUCGGUGCAUGAAGGUUACCUAGCAUUCGCGGUGACCUAGCGUACAAACAUUAAUUGAAGUGUUCGUGUACAUACAGAAUCCAGGGACGGAAGUGUUGCGUAAUUCAAUGGAAUGUUCCUUCCUUAAUGUUUGCCUGAAUCAAGAACUCAUUAUGUGCAGGAAAACAGGUUGACAGGUAUCGAAAAACACUUCAUUUCCUAAACACUAAUUUCCAGGAACUCCGACUCAUGCAUGAACACUAAUAUCCAGGCACUCACACGCACACACACAUGAAUGAACACUGAUAUUCAGGAAUACACACACACAUAACCAAACAUAGAUGUAUGAACACUGAUAUCUGGGAGCACACACGCAACCAAACUCACACGUAUGAACACACAAAUGUGCUAGAAUACUCAUAUACAGAUAUCCAGGAACACACAUAGAGAUGUAGGAAAACUGAUACACAGGAACACAUACAUGUAUAAACAUUGACAUUCAGGAACACACACGCAUGUAUGAACAUUGAUAUCUAGGGAAACACAGACAAGCAAACACACACGUAUGAACACUGAUAUCUAGUUCUAGAAUAUUGAAAUACUAAUAUCUAGGAACAAUCACAUGCAAGAACACCGACAUCCAGAAACACGCACAUGUACAAGGAUUCUGAUAUCCCGGAAACCACACACACAUGCAAGAACACCGAUAUCCAGAAACACGCACAUGUACAAGGAUGCUGAUAUCCCGGAAACCACACACACAUGCAAGAACACCGAUAUCCAGGAACACGCACAUGUAAAAGGAUACUGACAUCCCGGAAACGACACACACAUGCAAGAACACCGAUAUCCAGAAACACGCACAUGUACAAGGAUACUGAUAUCCCGGAAACCACACACACAUGCAAGAAUACCGAUAUCCAGAAACACGCACAUGUACAAGGAUACUGAUAUCCCGGAAACCACACACACACAUGCAAGAACACCGACAUCCAGAAACACGCACAUGUAAAAGGAUACUGACAUCCCGGAAACCACACACACAUGCAUGAACACCGAUAUCCAGAAACACGCACAUGUACAAGGAUACUGACAUCCCGGAAACCACACACACAUGCAAGAACACCGAUAUCCAGAAACACGCACAUGAACAAGGAUACUGAUAUCCCGGAAACCACACACACAUGCAUGACCACCGAUAUCCAGGAACACGCACAUGUACAAGGAUACUGACAUCCCGAAAACCACACACACAUGCAAGAACACCGAUAUCCAGAAACACGCACAUGUACAAGGAUACUGAUAUCCCGGAAACCACACACACAUGUACAAGGAUACUGAUAUCCCGGAAACCACACACACAUGCAAGAACACCGAUAUCCAGAAACACGCACAUGUACAAGGAUACUGAUAUCCCGGAAACCACACACACAUGCAAGAACACCGAUAUCCAGGAACACGCACAUGUACAAGGAUACUGACAUCCCGGAAACCACACACACAUGCAAGAACACCGAUAUCCAGAAACACGCACAUGUACAAGGAUACUGACAUCCCGGAAACCACACACACAUGCAUGAACACCGAUAUCCUGGAACACACACAUGUACAAGGAUGCUGAUAUUUAGAAACACACACACACACACAUGCAAGAACACCGACAUCAAGCAACACGCACACAUGUGCAAGGAUACUGAUUUCCGGAAACUACACAUGCAUGAACACUGAUAUCCAGGUAUACACACAGUGGCAAGAAUACUGAUAUACUAAUGUCCAGGAACACACACACACACACACACACACACAUGCGUAAACAUUAAUGUCCAGGAAGCCUUGACCUUGAACAUACAUCAUAUAAAAUUGGCGUCCGAAAACAUUUACAUUGAACUAAAACUUUGUAAAAAACAUUGAUAUCCAAAGUACACUGACAUCCGGCUACAUUGACAGCCAUGAACAUAGACAUCCAGGAAUAUGGAUAUCCAUGACGCAGAUCAUGACGUCCAGGACCGCUGUGAGUCAGGAUAGCAAAUCUCGAGGAACACUGAUUCGACAAUGGUGACUCUUCAGGAGAAUGCCUCCAUGUGUACAAUGACACAUCCUAUAUAUCUGCUGUAACGAAAUCCCUUUGUAAUCGAAUAGUGCAAGCAAUGUGAAAAACUGUUUUAAGCUACCUGCCUUUCAUCGUGUAUGUAAUGCUUUAGUUGUAACACACCUAUGCACAACACGACUUUGUACAGUGUAUAUCAUAUGGAAUAAUGUACAUGUGAAACAGCAUUGUAAAGCAUAUAAACUGUAUGAAUAUGUAUGACUAUGUGCAUUUGUGAUAAAGUGUCCAAUAUAACCCAAGUUUCGUCA